AUGCAGGCCUCAAAAUCACUGACCCAUGCUCGUUGUCUUAUAUCACGACGAACGACCCAACACAUUACGACUAGAACGGCCUGCCUCUCCACUUUCGGAACAUGUCGACCAUCGCAAAACUCAACAGCACGCCGAACACCUUAUUGUCUUCACCCGCAUCUACCAAAACGUCCCACCCGCACCUUCUUCUCAUCUAAUAAUCUUCAUAAUGACCCGCAUCAAACACCACCUGAACCACCAACAUCCUUCACUGACCCAACCCGCCCCGACCUCUUCUACCACCUCGUCUUCCUCGAGCGCAACUCUAUCACGCACUCGCCCUUCUCUUCAGACGUAGAUGCGGGGGAUAUACCGGUGUUUGCGGUUUCGUUGCUGGAGAGACCGCCGCCGUUCGCUGCGUCGAGUACGGUUCUGGGGUGGUUGCCUGCUGAAGGGGGAGGUGCGGAGGAUGGUGCGGAGGAUGGAGGAGAGGGAGAGGGAGGAGUGGGGUUGAAUGAUUUUACGGAGAAUCCUGCAUUCCGUCCACUCCUCCACGAAGCUAUCUCCUCAGGCCUCGCAGACAGCGUAGACGACAUCCAAAUGAACGGAGCGCUUCAGACACAAUCGGGAUGGAUGCACAUCAACGAUACACGGAAUAUACCUGCGCUAGGUCGGAUAGGCGAUCCGGAUGACAUUCUGGGAUCGGUGAGGGUGGAGGAAGGCAAGAUCAUGCCAGAAACGUACUCCCCCAUGCCUUCCUAUCGCGUCUGCACGGGCGAUGGUGUGACGAAACUUACGGACGGACUGGCGGAGCGGUUGAGGGAGGUGUUGGAGCGGAGGGCGAGGGAGGAGGAGGAGCGGGAGUGAUGGGAGAAGUCAGUGUAGCUCAGUACAUUUCGUAUUCCGAUAAUUGCAGGAUGACACGGAUGUUUGGAUGAGCACUUGAGACACUUAGACCGUAGAGUCAUAGGACAAGUGGAAGAAGAACUCGAUGGCAGGUGGGCGUCUUGUGUUAACCGUGUAGAAGAUCGCAUGAGACAUAGAGACAUACAUGUCCUGCUGAGAUUUGUGUG